CCCAGUAGCACAAUGUUUGUUAUAACGCUAGUCAGCAGUCAACACUCGUCAUUCCGGGCUAGCUUAAUUAAACACUCGUCAUUUCGGGCUAGGUUAAUUAUCGCUAUAUACUCUUGACACGACUAUAUAUUUCCGUAAGAAGUUUUAGCCGCCUUGUAAUUAUUGUGUCGUUUUUAUUUUCGUAACACUAGCAUUGGUUUGCGUUGAGGUUACGCUAAUAUCGAUCGACGUUUGAUUAACGGUAGUGAUGAUUACGGUUGGACCAGCUGGACAGGCUCGCUCUCUGUCAGGAGGAUAGACAGAUCACUGUGACAUUCACUGUGAAUUCUUCCUUCGGGCUACCAAGAGUCGUGCCAUAGCUGCCAAGAGUCGUGUCAUAGCUGCCAAGGCGUUUGUUUACGCUGCCAAUUUUGUCUAUGCGGGUGUCAACUAUGGAGACCACUCAGGUGACCCUGACUGUCAGAGGAGAAACGUCCCCAGGUGAGGUGAUUGCAGUUGUUGGUAGCUGUGAAGCCCUGGGAAGCUGGAGCCAUCAAAGAGCUGUGACCUUGCAUCCUGAUAGUAAUAAUGAAAAUACAUGGACUGCAGCAAUCACUGUGCCUAAAGGAGCUGUUUCCAAGUACCGCUAUUUCAAAGCCUUCAUUCUGGAGUCAAAGAGUGCAGGUGGUCCCUGUCAAGUGAUAGUCAAUAUGUGGGAGACCCAUCAACAUCCUCGCACGAUGAGCCCCACAGUGUCACACCAGAAUAUUGAUGAUGGAGAGUUUGGAAUUCACAAUGGGGUGAUGUGUGUUGAUUCUGGGUGGCUGACGUGCCAAACAGACAUUCGUCUGUGUCUGCACUAUUCUAAGAAUGCUCCCGUGUCCAUUACUAAGAAAAAAUUCAAGAAGUCUCGCUUCAGGAUAAAGCUCACACUGGAGGGUUUUGAGGAAGAGGAAGAGGAAGAAGAUUCACUCAGCCCUCCAUCUUGGCACAAGAUGACCAACACUCUUGAAAUGAGUAUGAUCACUGCCAAUGGCUAUAAGUCACGUCACUCACAGCCUGAAUGCGGGUACUCCCUAGAGCCCUCCAAGUGGACCGAGUACAGUAUCAACACCAUGGCUCCAGACAACUUAGAACUCACCUUUGAGUUCUUUGAGGAGGAUAUGAGCGAGCAUGUAGUCCAGGGGGACGUUCUUCCAGGACAUGUGGGCACGGCUUUCCUCCUGUCUUCCUCUUUUUCGGAGAGCGGAAAGGACAAUGGAGUGGUCACACUUCCCAUAAUGGGUCGAAAUUCCAGACAGACCAUCGGGAAAGUCAGAGUGGAUUACCUGGUGAUUCGGCCCAUCCAGGGGCUGCAGUGUGACAUGAGCUCCUCAUUCACCAAGUACUGGAAGAAAAGAAGUGCUCUGAAUGUGGGUCACAGAGGAGCCGGCAGCACACACACAGCCAAGCACCACAGAAUCAGGGAGAACACAAUAGGCUCAUUCAAAAGUGCUGCCAAGCAUGGUGCAGCCUAUGUGGAGUUUGAUGUUCACCUCUCCAAAGAUGCUGUUCCUAUAGUAUACCAUGACCUGACAUGCUGUAUAGCCACCAAGAAGAAGAAUGAGACUUCACUGGAGUUUAUUGAAGUGCCAGUCAAAGACUUGACAUUUGAUCAGCUGCAGCUUCUGAAGCUGGCCCAUGUUGCUGCAAUGAACGGAAUUGAUCACAAAGAUCUGCUGGAUGAAGAAGAUGAGAUCGAUGAGCAUCAGCCGUUCCCCUCACUCUCACAGAUUUUCCAGACUAUUCCUGAACAUGUGGGUUUCAACAUUGAGCUGAAAUGGAUCUCCCAGAUGAAGGAUGGGUCAUGGGAUGGCAACCUGUCUUCCUACUUCAACAUGAACACCUUCCUCGAUGUCAUCCUGUCCUGUGUUCUGCAGAAAGGCGGCAAAAGACGCAUUGUCUUCUCCUGCUUCAACCCAGAUAUCUGCACCAUGGUGCGUCGCAAGCAGAACAAGUACCCUGUCCUCUUCUUGACUCAGGGAAUUUCCGUCAAGUAUCCAGAACUGAUGGACAUCCGCUGCCAGACCACUCAGAUCGCCAUAAGUUACGCCCAGAGUGAGAACAUCCUGGGAAUCAGUGCCCACACUGAGGAGCUGCUAGAGAACCUUGCCUACAUUAGGGAUGCCCAGUCUAAAGGCCUGGUGGUGUUCAGCUGGGGAGAAGAUAACAACGAUCAUGAGACGAGACAGAAGCUGAGGGAGGAGAGUAUUGAUGGGCUCAUCUAUGAUAGUAUUUGUGAGGACCAAGGAGAGCAGUCAGACAUAUUCCAAGUAGAGGAGCAACACUCCCUGCAGGAGGUUAUUACAGAGGAAACCCUGAAGAGCUCCACCUGUUCCUGCUACUCCAUUCCCUGUUCCAUGGUCCCGUGCAUUGCCUCCAAGGCCCGUGCUUGCAGUACUGGGCCCAAUUCUAGCCUCAGCUCCUCAUAAUUAAACCUAACAUACAUCUCAGUACAUUACACUGCACAUAUGUACAAAAGGACCAAGGUGAAAAUUGCUGAAUAAACAAAGACAUGUUUGCUCAAAGUAAGAGAUCAGGUUGUGUAUGUAUUCUUAAAUUCUGACAGGGUUUAUCUCUUCUGCCCCCCCCAUCUUAAUGGAGACAAGAGUAAAACCAUUUCAACCAUCUCCCCUUUCCACUCUCCACUCUCACUUACAGUUUGUGUCUGCCAUUCUUGUCUUCUCAUAAGUUUUUUUUAAUUGAUGUCUGUCAGGAUAGUGGAUGUUUUACCAAAAUAUUAUUGCAUCCAUACACAUAUUUUUAAUUGCCUUUUUUUGUGCCUUUUUCUGUGAGAGACAACAACUAGUUUAGGGAGUACAACAGUCUGUACUGAGGUUUUUGUACUGUAAUAGUGGGACAAUAUCAAAUUGGGAAAUUAUACAUUGAUUAUUUAUUUGGUCUGUAUAUGAAUAUUUUAAAGAGUGUAAUGGUGCUGCAUAUUGUUUAUUAUAAAGAUGACGAUGAUGCUGUU